AUGACCCAUGCUGCUGGCCUCAACCGUAUAUCGCUCGUCGCCCCCACCUCACCUGUAUUCGAAAAGCUCUGGCAGACUCCCACGAUGCAGUCUCAACAACCACUGUACUCCCUACCACAUCGUGGCGAUUUCGAGGAAUGCGACGUUUUGUGCAUGAUCCAAGGUCCUGGUCUCUGGUGCAGGACACAGUACCAAGCAUUCCAGCAGGCAUAUGAGGAUGUCAAGCACCUACGCAGCCUUCUGCAAAUGUUCUUGCAGCACUUACAGUCUCUCCCUCUCACGUUUGAACGACUGCAUCUCUGUGUGGCAGAGACACAAUGGGUUGCUCUCAAAUUGCAAGCAUACAUGGAUUACUAUAUGAUCUUCAUGCUGCGCAUAUCCUCUCCCACUCUGACAAUUUGGAAAGUGCAUUCCGACCUCGUUGGCGCUUUCACUACCAGUACCCUCACUGCUCAGGAAUUCCACAAAGCAGGGAUUCCAGUUUGGUUGCUACGAUCCGUGUUGGUGAUUCCAUUUACACGAAUCGAUCAGGUAGUUGAUGUGUUCCUGCGCGAGGAGCACGUCAAUCUUCACCCUUGCCCCCUCCACCUGCGCAAGGUAUAUGUUGGGGCUGCAUCCAAUGAGCUGAAAUACCAGGCCAUAGACACCUUCACACAGAGUCAUUUCUCCAGCCCGAAUCCUUUUUUUUGGACCCCAGGAGUACACACAAGUGUGCCAGCAGUGCCCAACGCCAGCAGGACAUCCUCGGAGAGAUAUAAGCCAUAUGAGCACCAGAGGGGACACAGGCGCAAGAAGGAUCGCCCCGCAAAUUGCUCACCUUGUGAAGGUGCGGCGAUCCUCGAACAUCGCCUCUUGCUGCCUCUGCAUGUAGCCUGGUGCCAGGGACUGAUGGCAGCGAACACGGCACCUGAACGUUCCCAGGUCCCCGCCGCAGGCUAUGCGUUUCCUCGACUAGAACUCUUCGUGACUGUGCAAAGUGUGGAGAAACUUCAGACUUUGUUGUCUGGCUGGUUACGUCUACAAUCUGGAGUUUUUGCUCUCCUCACACCGCCAUUCAAUCCCCCUUUGCUCCCUCAUCAAACCUGGUGCACCGUUCUGCAGUUUGACUGGCUGCUGGAAAGUUCCAACAUCCCAGCGGAUAGUGCUGCCGUUGUGAGGAGGAGAUUAGUAUUGCUACCCCGAGCUGUCAGAACCCUACUUGGGCAGGCAAAUGCAGUUCGGGACCUAGACGACAACGACAUCCAAGCGAUACUAUGGGAACUGUCGGAGGUUGGCUUUCGCAUUGAAAUGAUGUCUUUGGAUGCUCGCUUGCAUGCAGGAUCUAUUACGAUUUCGCGCUCUAUCUUAUCUUAUUGGCUUCCUCAUAAUCUCACUAUGCUAAUUCUCCGGACUUGA